AUGACCGUCAAAUUAUCUCUUCCUACUUCUCAAAACGCUCUCAAGACGCAAGGCCCAAACAGUGUCUCAGUCAUUACAGACGCUCCUCUCCCGAACAUCGAACCACAUGAUGUUCUUGUCCGCGUCCUCGCUGUCUCCAUCAACCAUGUAGAUGGCAAAGCUGUGGACAUGUCGCCUCAAAUCGGCGCAACCAGCGGAACCGACUUCUCUGGUGUAAUCGCAGCUUUGGGUUCAGCCGUCGAGAGUGACUCUUUCAGAGCUGAGCGUGGCAUGAAACCCAUCAGUAUUGGCGAUCGUGUCUUUGGGGGCACAUUCGGGAACAACCCUCUCAGGCCGCACAAUGGUGCUUUCGCAGAUUAUGUAGCUGUUCCUGCGCGACUUGUCUGGCAUGUUCCAGAUGGAAUGGAUUUUAACACUGCUUCUACUCUUGGUGCCUCUUUGGCUACAGUGGGACUCUCGCUCUUCAACUACCUUGGUCUUCCUCUUCCUUACAGUGAAACUCUGAAGGGGAAUGAGAAGCCCACUGUCUUGGUUUAUGGUGGCGGUACUGCAACUGGCGCAAUUGCUUUGCAGGUGUUGAAGGAAGCAGGUAUCAAUGCUAUUACCACCUGUUCUGCCACCGCAGCACCCCGAGCAACCCGUCUUGGUGCCAAAGCCUGGUUCGACUACAAGUCUCCUACCUGCGGCGCUGAUAUCCGUGAGCACACAAAUGACACUUUGGCCUACGCACUGGAUUGUAUCACUGAUACAUCUUCUAUGGCCAUCUGCUACGAGGCCAUCGGCUCAUCGGGUGGUCGCUACGUCGCGCUGGAUGCUUUUCCUGUGCGAGGACAUACGCGACGCAGCGUUGUUCCUGAAUGGGUUUGUACGCCUACUCAGUUUGGACAUGCAAUUCGUUGGACACCUCCUUAUGAUUUAGAACCCAGACCGAGAGACCUAGAGUAUGCUGAGGAGUGGUACCCCAUUGCGCAGCUGAUCAUUGAUGAAGGAAAGGUUGAACCACCUACGGUGGAAGUGAGGAAGGGUGGUUUGGGUACUGUUUCAGAGGGCAUGGAACAGGUUCGUCGGGGUUUGAUUCAUGGGAAGAGACUUGUCUAUCCUAUUGCAAGCUGUUGA